UAUUUAACAGAUCAGAUAUGCGUCAUCGACAUGGGCGAAUCUUUCCAAAUUUCGUCGCCUCCUGAGGACCUGGGCAUCCCUGAGAACUACUUACCGCCCGAGUUCCUGUUAGAUGAGGAGAUAGCUAUCGGUCCGGCCUGCGACAUAUGGGCACUCGGGUGCACAUUGUUCGAAAUCCGGGAACAGAUUCCACUCUUCUACAUGAUUUUCGACAAGGAUGAACUGCUGGCAGAGAUGGUUCGUUUUUUCGGCAAACCACCGCAGAUGUGGUGGGAUAAGUGGCAGGCGCGACAUAACUUCUUUGAUGAGCAGGGGACAUGGCUUCAGAAUCAAAGUGAUCAAGAGGAGUGGUCACUGGAAGUGGCAUUAAGCAAGCCUUUGGAGGUUUUCCAGCCGGGCGGAAGUCUCACCGGGACAGCAAAGAAGACUUUGAUUAUGUCUAAGGUGGAGCAGGAACUAAUGGCGGAUAUUUUAUAUAAGCUGUUUUGCUACGAUCCUGAAAAGCGUCUCAGAGUUGAGGAGAUUGUGGCUCAUAAGUGG